UCCUCUGUAUCUGUUACUCUGUUAGUCCAUAGUCCUGAAUUCUAUUUUGUGUCAUGCAAUUUCUUUUUCCCCUCUACAAUCCUUAUGGUCUGAUAUCACUUGUACCUAAAAUGUGUAGAGUUUGGUUUUCACUUUUCUAGUUCAUGUUUUGAUGCCAUUAUACGCAUAAUAAUUAUCAUAAUCCAUCAUGUUGAUUCUAGUCAUUCGAAUUGGUCCAUCACAAGGGUCUGCUAAUAAAUUAUAAAGUUUUAAGCUACUUCAGACGUUUUAGAGCUACCUAUUUAAAGCCUUUUCACAUAUAUAAAUGCUAUAUAUAUUAUUAGGUUGGGUGUUACACAACUUAAGGUUGCUGCUAUAAUAAGAUUGUCUGAUAUAAAACCAGUUCUGUCACGGUGUGUCCAAUUCUCGCUUAAUUUUCUUUUGAUUUGAUGUCAUUUAUAUUGAUUUUUGAUUAACCUAUGAGCCUUUAUGUACUAAUUGUUUCUUAUCAAAACUAUUAUACACCUUAAUUCUCUUUUUAGUUGCCUUUAACCUAGAAAAUUUUAAGGUGAAAAGAAGUCAUUAGUUGCAACCUAUACAAUCACAGCCUAACAGGGGCGGAACUAGGGUGGGUUCAAGUGGGUUCAUUGAACCCACUGAUUUUUUGAAAAAAAUUUAAAUUUUUUUUUUUUAAAAAAAAAAAAAAUCAAAAUAGGUUUAAAUAGAAUAUUUGUGUAUUAUAUGGCAACAAGUAAAGUUGUAGCCCAGUGGUUAUUUUUACCUCCCAUCACACAAGAGGUUGUGGGUUCAAAACCCAUAACUCACAUUUUUUUUUUUUAAUUUUGUUUCCUGAGCACUGAGCUUUCCUGCUUCGUGCUUCCAGAGUUCGCUUUCCUCUUCCUCAUUCAGUCAUUCCCCCAAAUUGCAAAACCCUAACUUCUUCCUCCAAUCCUCCUUCUCUUAAUCUCUUCCCGUUCUUCCUCCUUCAGUCCUUCUCUUCCCGUUCUUCCUCCUUCUCUUCCCGGCGCAGCACGACAGCAGACUAGCAGAGUCAGCAGAACACGGCGGCAGCGGCAGGCCGGCAGCGCACCAGCCACUCACCCAGACCCAGCGUCCCAGCCUCACAGCCGUGUAUGGUGUAUCGGUGUAUGUAGGGCAGACUAGCAGCAUAUACCUAUUAUACCAUGAGUUUAGAGUCAUUUUGGAAACGUGCCGGGAAGUCACAAAAGUCUUCAACUUGUUCUUCACCUAGUUCAAGGGAUCCUCCAAUAGAAGAACAUGUGUCUCCUAAUGAUGAUGAGGUUCCUAUUGCUGCAACAAUUCCACCACCUGAGAACACUAAUACUACUGUUGACUCCGAUGAUACUCGCAUUUAUGAUGUUGAUCUUCUUCCACAUGACCCUGGAAAAAGAAUUCCAGUUAUGGAGUAUCCUCCUAAUGAUCGAGAUGCCGUAAGGAGAGGCUAUAUUACAAAGAAACGUUGUGAUCCACGCACACAUAAUUUUCCUCAAAGAAAAGUUGGAGGUAUGCGCCGUUUUAAUGUUACUUGGUUUGAUAAAUAUGAGUGGCUUGAAUAUAGUGUUGAGAAAGAUGCGGCUUUUUGUUUUGUGUGCUAUUUGUUCACUGAUAAAGUUGAUUAUUCUUUGGCUGUUAAUGAUUCCUUUAUUAAAGGGGGAUUUAGACGAUGGAAUAAGACUGGUAGAUUUGAUGUUCAUGUGGGUGGUAUUGGUAGUUUCCAUAAUCAGGCUAAUGAGAAAUAUAGUAUGUUUAUCAACCCAAAGACAUCAGUUGCUGAAUCUCUUUGCACUUAUUCUAAGGAAGCUAAACUACAAUACAAAUCUCGCUUGACUUAUUCAUUGAAAUGUAUUAGAUUUCUUUUAAAUCAAGGUUUAGCUUGUCGUAGGCAUAAUGAAAGUGAAGAAUCUUGGAAUAGGGGUAAUUUUCUUGCACUCUUAACAUGGUUUUCAGAAAAUAAUAGUGAGGUAGCAAAGGUUGUUCUAGGUAAUGCCCCGGGAAAUAAUCGAAUGACUAGUCCUUUAAUUCAAAAAGAACUUAUUAAUUGUUGUGCCAAAGAAACCACUAGACUUCUUAUUGAUGAUAUUGGGGAUGACUAUUUUGGAAUACUGGCUGAUGAAUCUAGUGAUGUAUCUCAAAAGGAACAAAUGGCCCUUUGCUUGCGUUAUGUCAAUAAUAAAGGGAAGAUAAAUGAGAGGUUUCUUGGAAUUGUACAUGUUAAGGAUACUACUGCUUUGUCACUAAAGAGUGCAAUUGAGUCUUUGCUUAUGGAAUAUUCAUUGAGUUUGUCUAGAGUUCGUGGACAAGGUUAUGACGGUGCUAGUAAUAUGAGGGGGGAGAUAAAUGGUCUCAAGACUUUGAUCAUGAAUGAAACAAAACAAGCCUAUUAUAUUCAUUGUUUUGCUCACCAACUUCAAUUAACCCUUGUUGCUGUUGCUAAGGAUAAUGAUGAUUGUAUUUGGUUGUUUGAUCAACUUGCUAUUUUGUUGAAUAUUAUUGGUGUUUCUUGUAAGCGAAGGGAAAUGAUAAGAGAAAUACAAUCUCAACAUAUUCUACAAGCAUUAGAACUAGGAGAAAUUGAAAGUGGGCAAGAUUGGAUCAAAUAA